GCUUUCCGGCGGUUGCACCGGGCCGGGGUGCCAGCGCCCGCCUUCCCGUUUCCUCCCGUUCCGCAGCGCGCCCACGGCCUGUGACCCCGGCGACCGCUCCCCAGUGACGAGAGAGCUGGGCCGGGCGCUGCUCCGGCCUGACCUGCGAAGGGACCUCGGUCCAGUCCCCUGUUGCGCCGCGUCCCCUGUCCGUCCGUGCGCGGGCCAGUCAGGGGCCAGUGUCUCGAGCGGUCGAGGUCGCAGACCUAGAGGCGCCCCACAGGCCGGCCCGGGGCGCUGGGAGCGCCGGCCGCGGGCCGGGUGGGGAUGCCUCUGCACGUGAAGUGGCCGUUCCCCGCGGUGCCGCCGCUCACCUGGACCCUGGCCAGCAGCGUCGUCAUGGGCUUGGUGGGCACCUACAGCUGCUUCUGGACCAAGUACAUGAACCACCUGACCGUGCACAACAAGGAGGUGCUGUACGAGCUCAUCGAGAACCGAGGCCCGGCCACGCCCCUCAUCACCGUGUCCAAUCACCAGUCCUGCAUGGACGACCCUCAUCUCUGGGGGAUCCUGAAACUCCGCCACAUCUGGAACCUGAAGUUGAUGCGUUGGUGAGGAGGAAUGGGCCCCUCGAAGUGGGCCGGGCCGGCCCCACCUGCCUCUGCCCAGAUUUGCCCUCCUCCUGCUCUGCCCAGGAGGACCCCUGCAGCUGCAGACAUCUGCUUCACCAAGGAGCUACACUCCCACUUCUUCAGCUUGGGCAAGUGUGUGCCUGUGUGCCGAGGAGCAGAAUUUUUCCAAGCAGAGAAUGAGGGGAAAGGUGUUCUAGACACAGGCAGGCACAUGCCAGGUGCUGGAAAAAGAAGAGAGAAAGCGUCCCCAGGCUUCCAGCCAGCACGCAGCAGCCAACAUUGGCUUCAGAAGGAAGGAGGAGAUGGCGUCUACCAGAAGGGGAUGGACUUCAUUUUGGAGAAGCUCAACCAUGGGGACUGGGUGCAUAUCUUCCCAGAAGGGAAAGUGAACAUGAGUUCCGAAUUCCUGCGUUUCAAGUGGGGAAUCGGGCGCCUGAUUGCUGAGUGUCAUCUCAACCCCAUCAUCCUGCCCCUGUGGCAUGUCGGAAUGAAUGACGUCCUUCCUAACAGUCCGCCCUACUUCCCCCGCUUUGGACAGAAAAUCACCGUGCUGAUCGGGAAGCCCUUCAGUGCCCUGCCUGUACUCGAGCGGCUCCGGGCGGAGAACAAGUCGGCUGUGGAGAUGCGGAAAGCCCUGACGGACUUCAUUCAAGAGGAAUUCCAGCAUCUGAAGACUCAGGCAGAGCAGCUCCACAACCACCUCCAGCCUGGGAGAUAGGCCUUGCUUGCUGCCUUCUGGAUUCUUGGCCUGCACAGAGCUGGGGCUGAGGGAUGGACUGAUGCUUUUAGCUCAAACGUGGCUUUUAGACAGAUUUGUUCAUAGACCCUCUCAAGUGCCCUCUCCGAGCUGGUAGGCAUUCCAGCUCCUCCGUGCUUCCUCAGUUACACAAAGGACCUCAGCUGCUUCUCCCACUUGGCCAAGCAGGGAGGAAGAAGCUUAGACAGGGCUCUCUUUCCUUCUUGCCUUCAGAUGUUCUCUCCCAGGGGCUGGCUUCAGGAGGGAGCAUAGAAGGCAGGUGAGCAACCAGUUGGCUAGGGGAGCGGGGGGCCCACCAGAGCUGUGGAGAGGGGACCCUAAGACUCCUCGGCCUGGCUCCUACCCACCGCCCUUGCCGAACCAGGAGCUGCUCACUGCCUUCUCAGGGAUGGCCGUUGGCCACGUCUUCCUUCUGCCUGAGCUUCCCCCCUACCACAGGCCCUUUCCUCAGGCAAGGUCUGGCCUCAGGUGGGCCGCAGGCGGGAAGAGCAGCCCUUGGCCAGAAGUCAAGCCCAGCCACGUGGAGCCUAGAGUGAGGGCCUGAGGUCUGGCUGCUUGCCCCCAUGCUGGGGCCAACAACUUCUCCAUCCUUUCUGCCUCUCAACGUCACUUGAAUCCUAGGGCCUGGGUUUUCAUGUUUUUGAAACAGAACCAUAAAGCAUAUGUGUUGGCUUGUUGUAAAA